AGAAGUCUGAGUCCUUUAUCAGGAAAAGUAGUUCAGCUUGUCUGGGCCCAACCCGUUUGUCACCUCUCUAGAUCUCUUGGCGCCUGCCGUGCAUAAUGCCUGGAGACAUGCUCAGCCGCAGUGUCACGGUCCUCUCGGAGAACGUGUUCCCUGAUUUGUAUGAAUCUGGAAUUCUCGACCUUCAGAAGGGUCUUGAGCUGGGGCACUUUACGAGCGUUGAUCUCGUUAAGGCUUAUCUUGCAAGGAUUGAUGAGGUCAAUCUGAAGGGCGCAGCUCUCCAUGCAGUCCUCGAGACGAACCCGAACGCUUUAUCUCAGGCUGCAAAACUUGAUGACGAGCGCAAGUCUAAAGGGAGCAGAGGCCCACUGCACGGCAUCCCUUUGUUAUUGAAAGACAACAUUGCUACACUGCAUGAAGAAGGCAUGAAUACUACCGCUGGCUCCUAUGCUCUCCUGGGUUCGGUCGUUCCCAGAGACGCAUUCGUCGCUGCUAAGCUCCGCGAAGCCGGCGCCAUCCUUCUUGGAAAGGCGAACCUCUCUGAAUGGGCAAACUAUCGCGGAAAGGUUCCCAACGGCUUCUCAGGUCGUGGAGGUCAGACUCUUUGUCCCUAUUACCCGAACGGGGAUGCAUCUGGAUCGAGUUCUGGGAGUGGGGUUGCGAUGGCCGUCGGUCUUGCUGCUGGCUCUCUGGGCUCGGAAACGGAUGGUUCCAUUGUUUCACCAAGCAGCAAGAACAAUGUGGUAGGCAUUAAGCCCACUAUAGGGUUGGUUUCUCGAGCUGGAGUUGUACCUAUCUCAUCACAUCAAGAUACAGCUGGACCUAUGUGUAGGUCAGUUACAGACGCGGCCCUUCUGCUUUCCGUUAUAGCAGGACCAGAUCCUCGAGACACGGUCACGUUGUACCAACCUGGUGUUCUCCCUGACUACAUGAAAGCGCUCGAUCCGAACGCUUUGAAAGGCAAGCGACUGGGAGUGCCGCGGAUAUUCCUGCGCGACAAUAAAGCAAUUCUGGAAGCUUUCAACGCUUCUUUAGACACCUUCCGGGCUCUCGGCGCGGAGAUCGUAGAUCCGGCUGAUUUCCCCUGUGCCGAGGAGAUGAAGGAGUCACAGGCAGAAACACUCGUGCUGAAGACAGACUUCAAGGCUGAUGUGGCCGAGUAUAUUUCGGGGUUACUUGAGGUUCUUACUGGCGUAAAGAACCUCGCAGAUUUGAUCGAGUUCAACAAUACCCACGCAGACUUAGAGCUUAUACCACCAUACCACGACGAUCAAUCUAGGUUUAUUGCUGCUGAAGCGACGGAAAAGAACGAUGCGUAUUAUGCAGCUUUAGCUGAAGAUUUCGAUUUAGGCCGGAGACGAGGCAUUGAUGCAACUCUCCAAAAGUUCAAAUUGGACGCAAUCAUUCUUCCUACUGAUGGGACUGCCUCGAAACCUGCAGCGAUUUCCGGCUACCCUAUAAUCUCAGUUCCGCUGGGCUUCCAGCCAGAUAAUGUCGAGAUAUUGCCAGUUCCCGCUGCACCACUGCACACACAAGCUCCAGGCCUUCCGUUUGGGAUAGCCUUCAUAGGCACCGCAUACAGCGAAUUCAAUCUUAUUGGCUUCGCUUAUGCGUUUGAACAGGCUACGCAGGUCCGUUUGAAGAGAAGGGCCUAUGCUGAAGCAAUUCCCACGACGCAGAUUAAGGAUGUGCUCUCUAUUUGAACAAGGAAGGAAUAUAUGACUGGCGCGUACAACAAUUAUGUACUUUUUUUCUAACCAUACUUGGAUUCAUCGUGAAACUGUUCCAGGUCUUGUAUACAGUCGAAUGAGCACGAGGCGUCACAUCAGUGGUAGUCCGUGGAAUAGAUUUCAAAUUGAAGUUAAGCGCAAACAUCAUGAAUUACAGGAUUCAUCAAGCCCGCGUCAACCCGAGGAGACGCCUGAAAUUAGCCAUCCGAGUCCCAUGCCAUGCCACCUGAAUCUGUAUUAAUAUUGCACAUGGGGAAAUGUCGUGACGGGGCCCGUAAAGACUUCACCGAGACUUGCAGAUGCGAUUCACGAUCCGAGUCGAGGAGUCAUCGACAUCUUUAUAUUUGGCUUCCAGAUCACCAUAUGUUGAAUUAUCGCCGGGGAUCAGAGGCGUCCCCCGAACUCGAUCAAAUCUAGACCACACUGUGGCAGUGAGUCGUC